GACUUCCUGUAGUCACUUCUUUUGGGCAGUACAGAAAAUGUUUGUCCAGUACUUCUCUGUGAUCGUUUGUCACAGCGACCUCAAGCUCGCUACUCAUUGAAUUUUUCACCUUAUCUGAGAUACUUUGGGACACUUUGGAUAGAAAAUGUUUGUAGUAAAGUUUGGGAUUUUCUGCAUUUGUCUCCUGUGUUGCUGUAAUAGGAGUGAAGCCAAAGAACUCGUGGUCAAGAACAGGACUAGCGUGGCAUUAGCAGGAGAAACGCUCAGCAUUAACAUCAUGGUCACUGUCCCAGUCAACAGCAGUGGAACAAAAGUUUCUUGCAAAUAUAAAAACAUAGAGGUGUGGAGGCACACAUUUAAACAUGUGUAUUCUGUUCCUACACCCAUGUGGCUGUGGGCUAAUAUCUCCAUGCCUAACAGCUCCUUCAGUGGGGAGUACAGCUUCAAUUACCAAGCAUCAGUGCUUCCCUGGCUGGUUCUUGUACGAGAUGUGGGUUAUGUCAAGCCGGGUGAACCUCUACACAGUGAUGUCAUCGCUUUGCUGACUGUCACCCUCAUUUUAGUCCUUUUCAGCAUUAUCGGAUCAGUUUUCGUAGUCAGAUGGCACAAGGCUCCUCCUCAGACAGAGGUAAAAGAAGAUGGAGUAAAAGGCAGAGAAAGACAGAGCAGUGUCGGUGUAACCACUCAGGUUGCACACUCUGAAUCGGUGUACUCGUCGCUGGAACCCAGACCGGUCUCUAUUUAUGAUGUGCUGAAUGUCGACCAGGUCAGACGGGAAAGCACAGAGAAGCGCACCUCACAGGAAACGGCCAAGACAUCUCAGGCAGAAGAAGGAGUUUUUGAAUCUGUCUAUGAAAACCUGUGAAAGCUGUGAUUAAAUUCUAAUGUUAUGUAUGUAUGUAUGUACAGUUGGUAUGUCUAGGAAGCAUGUGUAUGGUCCCAGAAUCUGAAAACUUUUAUAUAUUAAUAUUUUGUCAACAUGCACAUAAAUAAAUAAAAGUCAACUAAUUUUCUA